AUGUCAAAAUCGGUAACACCUGCCACAACGACGUCCACAGAUCUUCAUGCGCUUCUGGAAAUCACCACUAAACCUCAUUCAUUCAAGCAAAAUCCAAACAGGGCACCCGUUGGAAAUAGACGCUAUAAACCAAGUCGACAAUUAAUAUCGGACGAAAUCAAACGCAUACAACAGAAGGAAAACCUACCUGUGGAUAAGCCCACUUACUUGUCAGUUACUGCACCACCAAGUUUGUUGCCAAAGAAACAUUAUUGUGAUAUUACAGGAUUGGAGGGGAAGUAUAAGAACCCAGCUAACCAGUUACGAUUCCACAAUGUCGAAAUUUAUCAAGAGGUUAUAAAAAAUAUGCACCCUGGUGUUGAUCAAGCAUACUUGGAGCUAAGGGGAGCAAACGUUGUAUUAAAAUAG